ACAAAGACUACGGUGAAUGAUACUUUUGGCGCCAUCAAAAUCGCCUGCACAACCGCCUUCGACCGCCGCCAGUGGCCGACCUUCUCUGGCCAACUAACCUGAAGUUGGUUCUUGAUAUUCAUUCAGUGUAAUCUUCAUGAGUCAAACCAAAUAUGGCAUCACCAUCAUCUUCCAAACCCAAAACCCUAACCCUAGAUUCUACAGCUUUAUUUCUCCAAUCCCCACAAACAACUUGUCCUCCACUUUCUUUCUCUCUUCUUUCCUCGCGCUCUCCUCUACCUCCAAUGCCCACAGAUUUUCCCCUCUCCAAACUGAUCCCCAAAACUAAAUUUAUCGUUGACGGCUUCCGAUUAUCCGGCGACUACUCCGUAUCGUACUUCCUCUCACAUUUCCACUCAGACCACUACGGCGGACUCAAUGCGAACUGGUCUAAAGGAAUUAUCUUUUGUUCAGAGAUUACUGCCCGCCUUGUUAUUCAAGUACUUCAAGUUUCGGCAUCAUUUGUUGUGCCUUUGCCUUUGUCGGAGUCAGUUUUGGUCGACGGCUGUGAGAUUUCAUUGGUCGACGCAAAUCAUUGCCCCGGUGCAGUCCAGUUCUUGUUCAAAAUCCCGACCAGGGACGGGAGUUGCGAGAGGUAUGUGCAUACCGGUGACUUUAGGUAUUCUGUUUCUAUGAAAUCCGAAACUGUUCUGAACGAAUUUACGGGUGCUGAUGCCGUUUUCCUGGAUACUACUUAUUGUAAUCCGAAAUACGUAUUUCCUUCGCAACAGGAGUCCAUUGAUUAUGUAGUUAGUGUGAUUGACAAGUAUAGCGUUGAGAAUGAUGGUGGUUUAAAGUCUGUUUUGUUUCUUGUUGCCACUUAUGUCAUUGGAAAAGAGAAAAUCCUGCUUGAGAUUUCACGUAGGUGUAAGAGAAAGAUACAUGUCGAUGACAGAAAAUUGGGUAUUCUGCAUACUCUAGGGUUUGGAGAAGAUGAUGUAUUUACCACUAAAGAAUCUGAAAGUGAUGUUCAUGUUAUUGGAUGGAAUGUUUUAGGUGAAACCUGGCCUUAUUUCAGACCUAAUUUUGCAAAAAUGAAUGAAAUUAAGGAUGCUAAAGGGUAUUCUAAGGUGGUGGGAUUUGUCCCAACAGGGUGGACCUAUGAAGUAAAGCGUAACAAGUUUGCUGUGAGGACAAAAGGCCCAUUUGAGAUACAUUUAGUCCCUUAUAGUGAACACUCAAACUAUGAAGAACUUAGAGAGUAUGUAAAGUUCUUAAGACCAAAACGUGUUAUUCCAACAGUAGGUGUGGAUGUUGAGAAUCUUGAUGGGAAACAUGUCAAUAAAAUGUUAAAGCAUUUUGCAGGAUUGGUUGAUGACAUGGCCAUUAAACAAGAUUUCUUGAAGGGCUUUCAUCGUGGGUCCAAGGGACUAAAUGAGAAUCUUGAGAAAGAUUCACAAAAUGAUACUUUUUCACUUUGUGAUCAGAAAGAUGAACAUGAAACAGAUGAAAUGUUACAGGAACUUCUUGAUUGUUUGCCUGAUUGGGUCACUAGAGACCAAAUGAUGGAUGUUUUAAGUAAAUCAAGAAAGAAUGUUGUUGAAUCCGUUUCUUAUUUUUAUGAACAUGAAACUGAAUAUUAUGAACAGGUGGUUACUAGAACACCCAUUUCCACAUCACAGGAAAACCCAGUUGAGAUUCUCAAAGAGGUCAUUGCACAUGCUUCAUCCACCUCAUCUAAAGGCUUUGCAUCACCUUCACCUCCUGUUAAAUCCUUAUUAAAAACUGAUGAUUUCACUUCAAGUAAAAGAAAGAAAUCAUCCACCAUUAAUCAAACCAAAAGUAUCAAUUCCCCAAACAAAAAGAAACAAUCAACUUCAAGUAAAAACACCAUUUCUCCUAACCAAAAGAGGAAGAUCAAUGACAAUAUAUCAAGCAAGAAGCCAAAAAUCACUUCACAACUCGAAUCCAGUGGACCAAAGCAAUGCCCAAUCACUAAGUUCUUCAAUAAGCUCUCACCUGUGGUUGAAAUAUCCAACAAUGAUGUCAUCAAGAAUUACAAAGAUGAAGUAGAUCAGUUCAUACAAAUCAUAAAUGGCAACGAGUCAUUGCAUGAGUAUGCUACAACCCUUUUAGAGGAAACAAAGGGUGAUAUCAACAAAGCUCUUGACUUGUAUUACUUAAAAGAUAAACAAAGUGAAAAUCAAAAGAGGAUCUUUUCUAAUGAAGACACUGAAGCAUCUCAAGAUCUUAUAUCACUUCCACCUGAGAAGUACUCUCCCAUAGACCAUGCUUGCUGGAAAGAUGGAGAGUUUGCUCCCUAUUUACAUCUUGCCAGGACAUUCAACUUGGUGGAGGGCGAAAAAGGAAAGAUUAAAGCUACAUCUAUGCUCUGCAAUAUGUUUAGAAGCUUGUUAAUUUUGUCACCUGAGGAUGUGUUGCCAGCUGUGUACUUGUGCACAAAUAAGAUUGCCCCUGACCAUGAAAACACGGAACUGAACAUUGGUGGAAGUAUUGUGACAUCAGCAAUGGAAGAGGCAUGUGGAACAAACAGAUUGAAGAUUCGUGAGUUGUACAACACUUUAGGUGAUCUUGGUGAUGUGGCUCAACUAUGUCGCCAGACACAAAGGUUACUAGCACCUCCAGCUCCACUCUCAAUCAGACGAGUUUAUUCAGUUCUUCGAGAAAUAAGAAUUUGUCAGUGUACAAACAGGUAAUGGAAGUACAUUGCGUAAAAGAAACCUCAUUAUUAAUCUAAUGAGAUCUUGUAGAGAGAUGGAGAUCAAGUUUAUAGUCAGAACAUUGGUCAAGAAUCUAAGAAUUGGAGCCAUGAUGAGAACUGUUCUUCCUUCAUUAGCUCAGGCUAUUGUUAUGAACUCUUGCCAUGAAACAACCAAAGAAACACUUCAGGGACUCAGUGCAGCAGUUGUUGAAGCGUAUAACAUGCUCCCAAAUUUAGAUUUGCUUAUUCCUUCUUUGAUGGAAAAAGGGAUUCAAUUUUCUUCAUCAACAUUAUCAAUGGUUCCAGGCAUACCCAUUAAGCCAAUGCUUGCAAAAAUUACUAAUGGAAUCCCUCAAGUCUUGAAGCUAUUUCAAGGAAAAGCCUUUACUUGCGAAUUUAAAUAUGAUGGACAACGUGCCCAAAUUCACAAAUUACCUGAUGGAUCUAUACGCGUAUUUUCAAGAAAUGGAGAUGAAAACAACAUCAAGAUUUCCAGAUUUAAUAAAUAUAAUAAAUGAUACUUGCAAUAAAGAUACCAUGACUUUCAUAAUUGAUGCUGAGGUGGUGGCUAUUGAUAGAAAAAAUGGUGGAAAGCUUCUAUCUUUUCAAGAACUAUCUUCUCGUGAUAGAGGGAGUAAAAAUUCAUCUAUUUUAGUUGAUAAUAUAAAGGUUGAUAUAUGUGUCUUUGUAUUUGAUGUCAUGUUUGCUAAUGGAGAACAGCUGUUGGGUUUCCCUCUGCGCGAAAGAAGAAAAUAUAUGAAAGGUUUAUUUGGUGAUGAAAAGACUGGAUAUUUCGAAUAUUCAAAGGAAAUAACAGUGGAGAUGGAUGAUGCUGACGUGGCAAACAAAGCCAUAGUGAGUAAAAUGAAUCAGUUUUUUGAUGAAGCUUUUCAUUCAUCAUGUGAGGGACUCAUGGUUAAGUCUCUUGAUGUUGAAGCUGGUUAUCUUCCAUCAAAGCGUUCAGAUUCUUGGUUAAAGGUGAAACGUGAUUAUGUAGAAGGGUUAAAUGAUUCCCUUGACUUGGUUCCAAUUGGUGCUUGGUAUGGAAAUGGAAGAAAAGCCGGAUGGUAUAGUCCGUUUUUAAUGGCAUGCUAUGAUCCUGAUACCGAAGAGUAUCAAAGUGUUUGCCGCGUAAUGUCGGGAUUCUCUGACGCCUUCUAUAAAGAGAUGAAAGAGUUUUUUGUUGAUGAGAAGAUGUUGUCGAAAAAUGAGAAACCGGUGUAUUAUCAAACGGGUGAGGAGCCGGAUAUGUGGUUUAGUCCAGAAUUGGUGUGGGAGAUACGGGGGGCGGACUUCACCGUGUCGCCGGUGCACCAUGCGGCCAUGGGUUUGGUGCACCCGUCACGUGGGAUUUCGGUUAGAUUCCCGAGGUUUAUUCGGGCGAGAUUAGAUAAAAAGCCGAGUGAUUGUAGCACAAAUAUGGAUAUAGUUGAAAUGUUUCAUUUACAAACUCGGAAGAUGGAUGUUCGGGGUGGUAGUUGAACAUUUUUUGCUUGUAUGUAAGUUGUAAAUGUAAACAUUUUUGGUUGUAGCACUAGUAGCGUUGGUACCUUUUAUAACGUAAAGAAUAGUUUAA